AACACCGCUGCGGUUCACGUGGAGUGCUGUAAAGUGAACAUGGCACCGAAACUGGAGCGUUUUGUGAGCCCAGGUAAAGGUAACGGGCUCCGGGCCACGGGCAGGAUCCUUAAAGGGGAGCUGGUGUUCUCCGCUGAGCCGCUGGCGAACUGCGUGUCCAAAAAAGUGUCCAGAGACGUCUGUCACCACUGCUUCACACGAUGUGAGACCUUGUUGAGGUGCUCUCAGUGCAAAAUGGCUCGCUACUGCAAUAUCACCUGCCAGAAACAAGCCUGGUCUGUCCAUAAGACUGAGUGUAAAUGUCUGCGGAGCCUCCUACCCAGAAUACCCACUGACUCAGUCCGUCUGGCUGCAAGACUCAUCUUUGCCUUGUUAAGUCCUUCAAAGAGCUGCAGUGAAGAGCUCUACACUUUAGAGGAACAUGAAUCACAUCUAAGCUGUAUGUCAGAGCAGAAGAAGCAGGGUUUGUCCCACCUGGCAUCCAUGUUACAGUUGUACUUACAACAGGAGGUCCCUGAACUGGCACUAGAAACACCGUCAGCAUUGCCCCCUGUAUGCCAAGACCCCCUCAGCCUUAUCGCAAAGGUGACGUGUAAUUGCUUCACCAUCAGUGAUGGAGAACUGCAAGAGAUUGGAGUUGGACUGUAUCCAAGUUUAUCUCUGUUAAACCAUGACUGCAGGCCAAACUGCGUGAUGGUGUUUGAGGGAACAAAGCUCCAACUCAGAGCUGUUCGAGAAAUCAACCCUGAAGAGGAGCUAACAAUCAGUUACAUCGAGACACUGUCACUGACUGAGGACCGACAGCGGCAGCUGGAGGAGCAGUACCACUUCACAUGCCACUGCCAGAGAUGUGGCUGUAAAGACACAGAUGGACUCAUGGUAUCUGGUGAGGAAGUGUCAUGGCGGCCGAUGAUGGAGUCUUUGUCCAGACUGGAUGAACUGAAGGCAGAAUCCAAUUGGCAGGUGCUAUUAGAGAGCUGUAAACAUCUAUUAUCAGCUGCUAGCAGUGUUGUUCCUGAUGAAAACCUGUACAAACUCAGAGUCACAGAUGCAGCUUUAGACGCCUGCAUUCACUUGGGAUACUGGGAGGAGGCUCUGGGAUUGGGCCUGAGGACACUUCCAGUAUACAGACAGUACUAUCCUGAUCCACAUCCGGUCCAUGGAGUCCAGCUGAUGAGAGUUGGAAAACUGCAGCAUUACCUCGAACACAUCAGUGAAGCAGCGGACACGUUCAAACAGGCCUAUCAGAUCAUCAAAGUCACACAUGGAGAUACUCAUUCCUUGACCAAAGAUCUACUGAUGAAGAUGGAGGAAUGUCGCGCAGAAAUAGAUCAACAAUCAUUCCACAAUAACUGAGACACAACAAUAUUAUAAACCACCGCAGGAUCUGUUCACAUUCAGCUUAGUUUGAUGGUUUUACUUUCUAUGUUAAUGCUGCAGGUAGAUUUAUCAACUAUAAUUGUUCACAUUUAUCAAAUUUGUAAUCUGUACUUGAUUUUUACUAUCUGGUUUAAAUGUCAUAAAAUGAUCUCAUCAUGCUCUCA